GCUGGGGCUGAUGCCGGUGUGCGGGGCGGCGCGGGCCCCACAGGGGGCAGUGACAUUUAAUGAUGUGGCCGUGGACUUCACCCAGGAUGAGUGGACACAUCUGGAUCCUUCUCAGAAAGAGCUGUACAGAGAUGUGAUGCUGGAGAACUACAGGAACCUGGUCUCUCUGGUAGGGCUUCCAGUUUCCAAACCAGAUGUGAUCUCCCAGUUGGAGCAAGGGAAAACCCCAUGGAUCAUGGAGAGUGAAGGGUUAAGAGAUUGGAAGACCACGUCUAAAACAGAUGAAUCAGCUUCAGAACUGGGCUUUACUGUGGAAAAAUCAGUCCAGGAAAGAAAUCCAAGUGACGGUCAUCAGGAUUCCAUAUUGAAAGAAGCCUGGAAUUGUGACGUUGAGACACUUUCCCAGGAUAAUGAAUGUGAGGAACUUUUCAGCUGUGAUUCAAACACUCAGCAUCAUAGAAUACGUUUUGAAGAGAGAACGUGUGGAUACAGUGAAUGUGAGAAAACGUUCCUUCAGGGAAGACGUCUUGGUGAACUCCAGAGAGCUCAUACACUGGAGAAACUUCAUAAAUGUAAUGAAUGUGGCAAAGCUUUUAGCUCUAGCUCAUCCCUUACUUUCCAUCAGAGAAUUCACACUGGGGAGAAACCUCAUGAAUGUAACGAAUGUGGAGAGGCCUUUAGGUGGAGCUCACAGCUCACUUACCACCAGAGAAUUCACACUGGAGAAAAACCUUAUCAGUGUAAUGAAUGUGGGAAGACCUUUAUCCAGAGAACACAGCUCACGUCCCAUCAGAGAAUUCAUACUGGAGGAAAGCCAUAUGAAUGUAAUGAAUGUGGGAAAGCUUUUAGAUACAGCUCAUCCCUUACUUAUCAUCAGAGAAUUCAUACUGGAGAAAAACCUUUUGAAUGUAACGAAUGUGGCCAGGCCUUCAGGUCAAAUACACAACUUAAUUCUCAUCAGAGAAUUCACACUGGAGAAAAACCUUAUCAGUGUAAUGAAUGUGGGAAGACCUUCAUCCAGAGCACACAGCUUACUUUCCAUCAGAGAAUUCACACUGGUGAGAAACCUUAUGAAUGUAAUGAAUGUGGAAAGGCCUUUAUUCAGAGCACACAUCUUACUUACCACCAGAGGAUCCAUACCGGAGAAAAACCUUAUGAAUGUAAUGAAUGUGGGAAAGCUUUUAGCUCUAGUUCAUCCCUUACUUACCAUCAGAGAAUUCAUACUGGAGAAAAGCCUUUUGAAUGUCAUGAAUGUGGGCAAGCCUUCAGGUCAAAUUCACACCUUACUUCCCAUCAGAGAAUUCAUACCGGAGAGAAACCUUAUGAAUGUCAUGAAUGUGGACAGGCCUUCAGGUCAAAUACCCAGCUUAUUUCUCAUCAGAGAAUUCACACUGGAGAGAGACCUUAUGAGUGUAAUGAAUGUGGGAAAGCCUUUAACCAGAGCACACAGCUUACUUUCCACCAGCGAAUUCACACUGGAGAGAAACCUUAUGAAUGUAAUGAGUGUGGGAAGGCCUUCAUUCAGAGCACACAACUUACUUACCACCAGAGAAUUCAUACUGGAGAAAAACCUUAUCUAUGUAACGAAUGUGGGAAAGUUUUCAGGCACAAUUCAUCCCUAAUUUACCAUAAGAGGAGUCAUUGGAGAAAAACCUUAUUAGUGUAAUGACUGUGGUCAAGCCCUUAGAUGAAACACACUUUAAAUGUCAGCAAAAAAAAAAAAAAAUCAUACUGGAGAGAAACCUGUAGUCUUUUGAAAGGUUUUUA